GCAUAUCACUUAAAGUUGUGUUUGGUCGAUAAUUCGAGACGUUUCUGGUUUAAAACGUGGUGAGAUAGUAAAGUGCUCAUUUCAACGUCAGUUUUGAGUGGUUUAUUUGACAAAUUGAGAAUCAAGUUUCCUUCUAAUCUCGGAGAACAAUGUCAAACAACGAGGAGAAGUUCGAUGGAAUGUUGCUGGCCAUGGCCCAGCAACACGAAGGUGGUGUGCAAGAGCUGCUUGACACAAUCUUCAGUUUUCUUGCGAGAAAAACAGAUUUUUACACAGGAGGUGGGGAAGGAGCCGCAGAAAAGCUUGUCACCAGUAAAUUCAAAAAGCAUGAAGCUACAGCUAUUGAGAAAGCAGCCAGUGAAAAGGCAGAACGCGCAGAACAAGAAAAACGGCGUAAAGAAAGAUUGGAGAAGAAGAAGAGAGAAGAAAAAGCUGAGGAGGAAAAAUUCAAUUCAGAGUCUAAGAUUGUUGAAUUGACUGAUGAACAGGCUGUUAAGUUGCAGGAAGAAAUAGACAAUAAAAAGUCUGCUAAAGAAUUACCUGCUGUUCCUGGUCCAAGUGGUGAUACUGUAGAUAAUGAAAAAAAGGAGGACAACUCAGAAGAGGAGGAAGAAGAUGAAAAGGAGAAAGACAAACUUAGGCCUAAUAGUGGAAACGGAGCAGAUUUGCCCAAUUACAGAUGGACCCAGACACUUCAGGACUUGGAGAUUAAAGUGCCUUUGAAAGUGAACUUCUCGGCCAGGCCCAAGGACGUCUCGGUGACGAUCACGAAGAAACGGUUGACCUGCGGCGUCAAGGGUCAGCCGCCGAUCAUCGACGGUGAUUUUCCACACGAAGUCAAAGUCGAGGAAUCCACGUGGGUGAUCGAGGAUGGAAAAGUGUUGCUUAUCAACCUGGAGAAGGUGAACAAAAUGCAGUGGUGGGCGCACGUGGUGACCUCUGACCCGGAGAUCAGCACGAAGAAAGUGAACCCCGAGCCUAGCAAACUGUCGGAUCUCGACGGUGAGACGAGAGGUCUGGUGGAGAAGAUGAUGUACGACCAGAGACAGAAGGAGCUAGGCCUGCCAACGUCCGACGAGCAGAAGAAGCAAGACGUGAUCAAAAAAUUCAUGGAACAGCAUCCCGAGAUGGAUUUCUCCAAGUGCAAGUUCAACUGAAAUGGUUCCGACGAUCGAUGGAUGGCCGGAAGAACGAAAGUUCCACGUGUUAUUGCGAAACUUAUUAACAGAAGAUAAAAGAUAAUAUGAUAUAAAGAAAAA